AAUAGUCCACUUUCGUCUUGUCACGAGAAAAGUAUGUCAGGAUCGUACAAACACCUAGUAUAAAUAUGACCAAGCUGUUAUUUGGAACACGAAGUUGGAAAAAAGUCAACACAAAUAAUGUUAAACAAAAACAAAUUUCAAAUUGAAGAGCACAGUUUUAUCAGAGUGUUACUAAUAUCCAGGAAGUAUUGUUGAGUGUUUGAUUGAAGAGAAUGGCAUAUGUGGAUGUGGAAGGUCAGCUUAAAGAUAAAAGUGAACAAACAAAGAUAAAGAAAAUUGUAUUUUUGACAUUAAAGUGCUAGUAAACAUUGAAAGUAAUUUAUUGCGAUAAAGAUUAAUUAUUGCGUAUGCAACCAGUUGUACCAACAUUAAUUUCGUUGCAUUGCAGGUGGUGUGUGGUAACCACCUACACUCAAAUGCAUCCUUUGCUAUAAAAAUAAGCAUUGUCGUAGUUCGUAAUAGAUUCCACUCGCCUUUGUAUUGAAAUGAAUCGAAAAAUUGAGACGCAAAAAAUCACCUUGACAGACCGACGCAAAUAAAACCAUAAAACAAAAAAAAUAUAUAAACACAAAUAAAAUGAUACCGACACGGACAUUGACCACGCCACUAAUUACUCUGCGAUUAGUUAAUACCACCGAAACCCAAAACCACCGUCAUUGUCCAAACCUCACCCUGACUCAUCCCAUUUCUCCAAAACCCUAUAAAUAAAUCACGAAACGCGCCAAAACACCGUUAUUAUUAUCACACGUUUGCAAACAGCAGCCUUUUCCGCACACUGCGCUGCAGUCGCGCGAUAACAAUCCACUGAUAACAGCUGAUAAAGCAAAAACAUGAAGACGUAAACAGUGCACCGACAGCGCGACAAUGGGACAAUCGUCGUCCAAACAAACAAAAAUAACCUUCCACAAAAACCACGGCGAGGACAUCGAACUGAGCGACGAGACGGCCGCCGUCCGCGUGGAGAACAGAGCCACCUGUUGGAGCAACGGCCUCGUCUUCAGCGCCGACCCGGUCAAGCCCAACCAGAAGCUCUACGUGAAGUUCGUGGUGGUGUCGCGGACCUGCCACGACGUGGUGAGCGUGGGGUUCACCUCCAACGACCCCGCGGACGUGCGCUACAGCGAGACGGAGAGCGAGAACACCUCGUGGACGUGCACAUUAUCCAAGUAUUUCUGCGUGGAAGACGCGGUGGUGUGCUUCCACGUGAACUCGUCGGGGACGCUGCACUACGGAAAGGCCAACGGCCCGCAGCACAAGGUCUGGAACAAGAAGGUGGACGUGAGCAGGCCGGUGUGGGCCGUGGUGCACAUCUGGUCGGAGCCGACGACGGUGAAGCUGGUGGGACCCAACGAGGUGCGGCAGAGCGUGUACGGGGGGCAGGAGGAGGUGGCGGCGAGGCUGAGCGGGGACGUGGGGAGGAGGGUGACGAGGGAUGCGGUCACGGAUGCGGCAGCGAGCGACGACGAGUCGUGUACUAUUUGCUACGUGAAUGGGGUGGAGGUGGUGUUUAUACCGUGUGGACACCUGUGUGCGUGUUUCCAGUGUGGGCAGACGAUAGUGAGGCAUGAUAAUUUGUGCCCGAUUUGUAGGAAGGGGAUUGGGAGUACGGUGAGGGUGUACAGGUCGUGAUGGUUUUAUUUGGUCGAUGAAAAAUAUCGUAUGACUUGACUUGUUGCCAACGUGCAUAUUAAAUAAUUAGAGUAUUAUUUUUUGUGUUCUCUGACCUUUGUUGUUACCCAUUUAUUUGUAACUGUCGUACGUUGUGCAAAAAAUGGUGGCCAAUGUUUUCAGACGCAAGUGGUGAAAUAGAAGAAAAAAAUUAUCCCAAAACCGAUUCUACCCUUAUAUGAUCAUCAUUCUUCUUGUUUGCAUGUUCAAGGGGUGUAAUAGUAUGUAUCAAGUGCUCGGUUGGUGUGGUGCGGACUGUAAUUUAAUUCGGGAAAAUUAAAUACGCCUUCUACGGCUUUAAAUGCAAUUUUUUAACAUUUUGUGUUGGUCUGUUCAAUUUUUACUUCGGUGUAAAUAAAAAAAAUGCUUACCUUAAUGGUACUUUUAUUUUUAAUUGUAGCUAGGUUUUUGCUAAGACAGGUUUAACUGGUAUUGACUGAAAUUAAUAAAGUUUUUUUU